AUGGCAAAAUACAUUGGUGCGGCAAAGUAUAAGGGAGUAGCACGGAAAAUACGACCAGUUAACCAACCCAUGCCUCAAGAUCUAAAUCCACCGCUUGAAAGACCACCAUUGUCGCGGGACCCAUACAAAACCCCGCUCACCCCAUUUCCACCAACGUUUCAAGAAACAAGCAGAGUGACAGAGAAACGAUUGAAGGCAAGAAAAAUCGAUUGCGUUCUCGGAAGACGAGCGGGGAAUAUUAAAUCACUCUUACGGCCAGCCUUACAAGAUCCUGUUGUAUGGCCAUCUCGACACCUCCCUCACUACCCGUCCCGGAAACUUCAUCUUGACAACUCGGCACCAAUCCGCCUUCUUAUGGUACAUACUCGAAGAUCGACGAAAGAUACACUCUUCGGACCAUUGCCUCCUCCAACGCGACGUCGAAGACCGAUUUCUAUCCUUGACCGGAGACGAAAGAUUGAAUACAGACAACUAUCAAAACUACCUCCUCUGCCACCAUUGCCACCGCUAACACCGCCAGAGAUCGACAACGCACACUCCCCCCAGACAGAACAACUCACUACACUCAUCGACAACCUAAACAACUUCACGAUAUCUGCUGUUGCAACAACCGGCUCCGAGCUACCAAAUCGCACAUCUCCAAUUGUUCCUGACAUCGACAACCGACCACCUUCCCCUUUCUUAUCCCCGAUAUCACAUAUUUACUCACAAUUUCUAACCAGACAACCCUCACCUACUGUUCAACCGAUCCCAAUGUCAACGCCGACAACAUCCGACAUCACCCCCAGAGCUAAAUUCCUACAACAACCGAGCAUCUACAAGAGCGAUGUUGAACAACUCGCCGCCGACGGAUCCAAUUUCGACAAGUGGAAACGGGGUCUCACCCGCAUCAUUCUUCUCACCCUUGGCCAUGCUAACUUCUUUGAUAAAUCAGAAAACUACUCCAAAUUAUCCACCCAGGAAAACACCUGUCUUCUCUUUCUCAUACAAAUCACCAUCAAUGACGAACUUUCAUCCCUUGUUGAUCAAUAUACCAAAGGCACUGAGGCCUACGACGCUGUUCAGACCAACUUCCAGGGCACAGUACGAUUCCGACAGAUGGAACUUAUCGAUAAGCUUCUCGAAUUCCGUGUUACCGGCCCUUCAACCGAGCCUUCCCAAAUCCCCGGCCUAUUCAACAAGCUAUUUGAAACCUUCAGUGGACUUACCAAAGUCGGCGCAGGCCUUUCUCCUCUUGUCGAAAGCCUCAUUCUUCAAGCUGUCGUCCCCUCUCCGGCCUCGAUGUCUCGAUCUCAAUUGUUUCAAAACAUCUCCCUUCAGCUUGGCAAGAAGCCCGACGUCACGGCCCGUGACAUUCAAACUAUCAUCACGUCGGCAUAUGGCGAAUCCCUCCGUUUUGAUUCUUCUCCAUCGACAAACGUAUCCGUCUAA